UCUAUCACCAUGGAGCUAAUGAAGACCUCCUUUAUGAAGCAUGAGCUCAUUGAGCUGGACUUCGUUGAGCACAGCCAGUGUGAGUGCAGACUAAAAGAGAAUCUUCAAUCAGCCCCUACCAGGCCUGCAAAGCCUCUGAGGAAAGGCAGGAAGAGGGAGAGAGGAAAAUCCAAACGAAAGAAAAGUGGAACUAUACCCUCCUCUCCCCCCACUACGCCCUCUCCUCCCCCGACCACCCCAUCUCCCUUGCCAGGCCCUCGAUGUACCCCCUGUCCUGGGAGGAAGUGGACACUCAAUUUGCAUUCGUGUCGGUGUCGCUGCAACGUGACCGCAGAGAACUGCAGUCAGAAAGGGAGGAGACUCAACCAGCACCUCUGCAGAUGUGAGGCCAGGAGGGGGUGAUGCUCUUUCUCUCCGCUGGUUSCAGACUCACUCUCAUCCAUGCUCAUCCACUCUCAUCCAUGCUCAGCAGAAGUCUGGGGAACAAAGAGGAGUGGAGGAUGUACCCCUAACUCUCCUCUUCCUUGUCCUCCAGAACCACCAAGUCAGUGCAGUAUUACAACGUAAAUAUAUGUACCUGUGUGUAGAGCUGUAUAUGUGUAGUCAGUCUCAUCACACAGCUUCUUCAGGCGCUUAGCUGCUAUCGUCCAAUCAACAUGUAUGUAACACUCUCCUUCACAAGAGUAAAUGAUGGGACCAAAUGUAAAGCACAGUUUAGAUGUCUGGUAACAUGAGGGCGAUGUGAGGUAGUGGGUCGCCAGGACGUUAGUUGUGGACUAGACAGAAUUCAACACUCACACCUCCAAUGCUGUAUGGGACAUUGGGACUUUGGACAUGAAGAGGAUUUAAAGACUGAUCACAGAUCAGAUUUAACAGACAUGUUCAUGUUGAGUUUUGUUGUCUUCAUAGACACGGUGGGUCAGUUUUGCCCAUGAACUGCCACAGAGAGAGAGGGACUGUAUUGGACUGUUUUGCAGAAAGACAAUGGCAACAGACAUAAUGAUCCUGAUAUUGAUACGUGUGUUAUAUUUAGUGUACAGGGAGACCCCGAUAGGAGAAUGAUUCCAGGGUCAAGUCAUUAAAGUGCAGUAAGGAUAUAGAAUAGUGAACGGACACACAUGCACACACGCACACAUGCACACACGCACACAUGCACACACGCACACAUGUACACACACGCAUGUACACACACGUACCAGCUAGUUGUUGUGUGUAUAAAGCCGUCAGGGAUACCCCAUGGACCUAUAGCUAAGUGAGUUGAAUAGCUGCAUAGACUGUAUCUGUGUGGUCUACACACUGAAUGGCACAGAUGGGUUAACCUGCCACCGUUAGUCUCUCUCAUUCACAGCAUAUGGUCACAGGCUGGAUCACUGAGGGGUUUCACAGCUGGAUCACUGAGGGGCUUCACAGGCUGGAUCCCUGAGGGGCUUCACA